AUGUGUGCAUUACCCCCAGACUACUCUCUCUUCACCGCCAGCAACCAAGCCGACCCGAUCCCCGACCAUCUCAUCUCCCCGGCCUAUUUCUAUCCCCAUGACCGGACGGACUCUCCUCCGGCGCCUGAGAGCGUGGACCAGGAGGGUAAUUUUGACUCAAGCUCGCUCGAGCUCCGUCUCAAGCAAGACCCUUUUCAGCGGCCAGGAGCUGGCGACUCAAGAAGACAACCGGAAUCACUAAUAAGCAGCCAUGACAAAAAUAAUAAGAUUUUGAUACCGGAGAGUGAUCUAGAUUCAUACUCCUUAUAUGAGGAUCGAGCGCCCUGGACGAGCCAAUUGGCCCUCGAAAGUCUGGACCAUCUGCCCUCAGUCCGAAACCCGCAAGAGGACUUUUACCAGGACCUUGACCAACUUGGGAUCCUAGAUUACCUGCGUUCCGACCAGGAUUUCCCCGCGGGUCCCGAGCAGCAAUUCGACCAGCUAGGCUUAGACUGGCUGGAGCUGCAAGCCGAUCGCCAGAAGCCCGGCUCGGCGAGUCUUGCCCGGCCGAGGGUGGACGACGACAAGCUGUUUGGGUACAGCCCCUCUCGGGAGAUCGAGAACCACGGAGUCCUGCUGGCCUGUUCGUCCUGUGGAGUCACCAAGCCCCACUUCGAGCUUUCUCGCCUGUGGCCGUGCUGCCAUCCCCAUUGUAACACCUGCAUCAACACCCUCAUCAACGCCUCCUGUAACGACCCGCCUCCGCCCCAGAUGGUCUGCUUCUUCUGCAGCCAACAUGUCCACGGCUUCGACCCCCCGAGCGCCUUCGUGAACGCCCACAAUACGCGCUUCGAUCAUCUCCCAUCCCUUGGGAACCCGAAGUUUCUUAGCAAUGGCUUGGACAGAUUCGAGUAUGUUAACUUUGCGUCGCCACCGAGCGACCAAUCGGGAUUUUGUACCGGCUCGUUCAGCUCCGUAUGGAGCCCGAACCCUACCAGUCACGAAGGCGAUAAGCUCGCAUCGGCGUUGAUGUCCGACGACUCCAUCCCUCUCCAAGGCGCCCCUGGAGACUCGUGUCCCUGGCCAGUCAUUCGAGUCGAUAACAUUUCUUGGAGUCUUACGGUCGCUGAUAUCGUCGCUUGGCUGCCCGGAGGGCUCGACUGUCUUCCCCCACCCGAGCUCUGCCCAUUGCCCAUCCACAUUCUCUGCACACCGACGGAUGGGAAGACUUUGAACCACUGCUUCAUCGAAGCCCGCAACCUCACCGCCGCCCAUUUCGUUGUCCGACAUCGCCACGGGACGAAGAUCGGAAACCGGCCAUGCUCGGUCGUCUUGACCUCUUCUGCAGAGCUGCAUUCCAAGAUACUGGGGAUCAAAGAGAACGAAACAUCACAUGAGAUUAUGAAGACAGUCAGGUUGAUACUCAAACUCUGUGCGCCCCAUUCAACCAGUUCGAUCAAGUCUCCAGAGCGGCCGUUUUAUCAUCUGAUGUCGCUCCUCUCGCAUUGCGCACAUCUUUCAGAGGGGGGCACGAAAGCUGAGGACUCGAAGGACAUUGAGGUGGUCGAGAAGUGGACCAACAUCCAUCAGAUCGCGAUCGAAAGCCUGUUCGGGUGGAAAAUCAAAAAUUGCGAAGCCCUCAACAUCUUGCAUCUCAUGGUGAAUGUCGCGAUCUCCUCUUCAUUGAUUGACAAACCAACUCUGUUCCGCUUUUUAUCCCACGUGGAAGUCUUCGGCUAG